AUGCCCACCUUGCUCGCUUGCUGCAUCUGCUCUUCGCUCCUCGACACGAUCGACGAGAAGACGGAGAAGGCCAUUGUCGCUGCCCGCCACCUCGACUGCUGCGAGCGACUCGUCUGCCAGUCAUGCAUUGCAAAGAAUCCUCGCUACAGGUCGUAUUGCCCGUAUUGCCAGAUCUCCACUGAUCCCAAAUCCACCCUGCCGCAAGGCCUACGUGAUCCUCCGCCAUACAACAGCAUACAAGACUCUACCCUGCCUCUUUCAGAGAAGACAACCGAUGCUCCUCCUGCUUACUCGGCCCAUGAAGCCUUCCAAUCUUUGCCAGAAAAGCCACUUGCAAACGCUCCAGACGUGCUGCACUUCCUGUCACCCACCGAUACGCCUCUCUCACUAUCACUAGCCUAUCGUGUACCGCUCCACGCCUUGAGAAAGGCUAACAAUGUUUUCGCCGACCACCUCAUUCAAGGCCGUAGGACUGUCAUCAUCCCUGGAGAGUACUACAAGGGCGGCGUGAGCCUGAGCCCCAGGCCCAUCGAAGGUGAAGAAGAGGAGUCGCGCAAAUCAAAGCUACGGCGCUUCAUGGUCACUUGCAAGGUCUCGGAGUAUGAUGUCGCACAAAUGUAUCUCGAGCAGAACGACUACCAUCUAGACUCUGCCGUCGAAGCAUACCAGGACGACGAGAAGUGGGAGAAAGACCAUCCUUUACGGGGCAACGGAAAAGGCAAAUUGACUGCCCGUACUGUCGGUAAACGCCGAUAUGUUGGUUCGUCGUGA